UCGGCGGCCCGAGUGGCUGCAGCUGCAGCGGCUGGGGAGGCAGCAGUGGGACCCAGGAGGGGGGCUGCGCGGCGGACCGGCGUGUAGCCGGGACCAUGGAGGGCCAGAGCGGCCGCUGCAAGAUCGUGGUGGUAGGGGACGCGGAGUGCGGCAAGACGGCGCUGCUGCAGGUGUUCGCCAAGGACGCCUACCCCGGGAGUUAUGUCCCCACCGUGUUUGAGAACUACACUGCGAGCUUUGAGAUAGACAAGCGCCGCAUUGAGCUCAACAUGUGGGACACUUCAGGUUCCUCUUACUAUGAUAACGUCCGGCCCCUGGCCUAUCCUGAUUCAGACGCUGUGCUCAUCUGCUUCGACAUCAGCCGGCCAGAAACACUGGACAGUGUCCUCAAGAAGUGGCAAGGGGAGACUCAGGAGUUUUGCCCCAAUGCCAAGGUUGUGCUGGUUGGCUGUAAACUGGACAUGCGGACCGACCUCACCACACUGAGGGAGCUGUCCAAGCAGAGGCUUAUUCCUGUUACACACGAGCAGGGCACUGUGCUGGCCAAGCAGGUGGGGGCCGUGUCCUAUGUGGAGUGCUCGUCCCGGUCCUCUGAGCGCAGCGUGAGGGAUGUCUUCCACGUGGCCACAGUGGCCUCCCUUGGCCGUGGUCAUAGGCAACUGCGUCGUACUGACUCACGCCGGGGACUACAGCGAUCUGCCCAGCUGGCAGGACGGCCAGACCGGGGGAACGGGAACGAAGGCGAGAUACACAAGGAUCGAGCCAAGAGUUGCAACCUCAUGUGAAGAGCAAGGGAAGGACAGAGUGUCAGGAGGGGAGGCGAAGGGCACAGUUGUUCCCCUGCCUGCACCCUGACUUCCUGACCUCCUGACUCUGGCUGGGACUUCAGGGCAGGCUGAGUGAGCACUUCCCCCAGGCAAGGGACCCCACCAUCCCCCACAUCAUCAUCCCCCUCCUCUCCACAGGAAGUUGAGGGAGCUAGCAGGGCCAGCAUCUGGGCCAGGAGCUGGGAUGGGGCAGGGGGAGCUGGCAUCAAGUGGGGAUCUUGGUUGAGCCUCAGUAUAUGAAGGGUGCCUUCCUACCCCACCCCCAGACCCCGUAACCUGGUCCUGGCUUUCAUCCCUAAGAAAAGUGUCCAUUCCAUGACUUUCUAUUUCAUUUCCUCUCUCUUCUACAGCUGCUCUCACUCCUCCUAACCUCCAGGCAACAUGCACUAAAUUAAAAAGCAAAUUGAGAAGCCCCUCCUCCCAUUUACCCACCAGUCCUAGCUCCUUCCUCUCUUCCCCCAACAGUCCCCAAAUAAAGCCCAUGUCCAUGGAAAACGGCUGUGGCUUUAGUUUUGUUGCUUAAAAAAACAAACAAAACAAAACAAAACAAAAAACAGUCUACCAAUCUCUAGCAGCAGGAGGGAAAGUUAGACUUCAGGAAGAACUGGCUCACGGAGAAGCAGUAGAGGAAGUCACGGGUUGGAUCAGCAAUGUCCUAGGAGCUGGAGGUGGGGAAGUGAGAUAUUUUGGGAAUAUUCAUCUCAGUUAAUGACCC